AUGGACACAGAAAAUGUGGUUGAGGCCCACGCAGAAGGGACAUGUCCACCAGAUGAUGAGCAGUGUCUAAAGUUAGAGAAGGCAGCCGUCAUGAUUCAGUCAUGGUGGCGAGGCAACAUGGUGCGCCAGGGCUUACUGCACGCCGCGCUCAAGGCGUGGGUCAUCCAGAGCUGGUGGAGGUCAGUGCAGGCCAAAAUGCUGGAGCAAAGACGGCGCCUGGCGCUAAGACUCUACACGUGCCAGGAGUGGGCCGUGGUGAAGGUGCAGGCGCAGGUUCGAAUGUGGCAGGCCCGCAGGCGGUUUCUCCAGACGCGCCAAGCAGCGCGCGUCAUCCAGUCUCACUGGCGCUGGCAUGCCAGCCAGACCCGGGGCCUCAUCCGGGGCCGCUAUGAGGUCAAGGCCAGCCGGCUGCAGCUCGACAUCGAAAUCCUCAUGACCUAUGGUGCUGGCAGAGCCAAGGACACGGGAUGUCUCUCUCAAUAA